AUGGAAAGCGAGCCAUCAGCCUCACCACCGUCCACUGGGCCUACCGAGGUGGCUGACGACGGCAUGGACGCCGACGCGCCGCAUUUGGGGUCGUCGCAGGCCGCCAACGUCGAUCCUGGUCACCUACAACAUCCGACCGCGGCUGCCGUCCAUGCCAUCGGCCACCGCACUAUGGUCCACGCUCAGGCCACGUUACCUGGUCGUGCCGCUGACUCUGGAUCAACCGCCGCAGUCGCAGCACGCAUGGAACCUCGCGACCGCCGCGCCGCCGACCCGGCCACGACGUCCCGCCCGCAGCCAACGACCGAUCCAUGGGCCGCCUUCACCGCCAAGCGUGUCGAGGCUGCCAAGACCGCUCGAGGCCAUGACGUCAACCAAGUCGGGGACCCCCACAAAGAGGCCCUGGGGAUCCUGUGGCGCCUGCUCGUUGGCGCGACCCUCCACCUCAUCUGGGCCCAACACAACAAGGUCCAGUAUGAAGACGCUACCCCGCUACCCUACCUGGCCUGGACCGAGCUGUCGUUCCUCGGCUGGAUGACCUCGGUCCGCCGAUGGCUGCGCCUUCAAGACCCCGACUGCCCUGUCCGCUCCUCCGUCGUGUGUGUCCUACACAACCUGCGUGUCCAAGCCGCCUACCGUUUUCUCUGGGCCAAGCAUCCCAACUCUUUGCUGCUGGCGCCGACCUCCGCCGCCGCGUCGCUUCCCACGCGCUAG